AUGAGAAAAGCGAAGAAGGUUAUGGGAGUUGGACCUGACACUCCACGUGAAAGUAGUAACAAGGCCUCAGCUUCGGCAGACAACGCACAUACUUCUACAGUUCCCAUCUCUGGAGAGAAUUUAGGUCUCAAUACUUCUAUUACUACCGAAACAACUACGACACUCCCACUUCUUGGGCCGAACGCUCGUUCUUCGACUGCCACACCGGAAGUCCUCGCGGAACGCACAACCACUCUCAGUGUGAGGCACGAACGGGCGGCCUCGAACGGCCCGUUCCCUUCCAACGGAACUAGUGAAAAGUAUGGCUUGUUUGUAUUCAAAGACCAGCCAGAUAUAAAAGAUGGAGUUGUGGAUAUCAUCGCCCUUCAUGGUCUCAAUGGAGAUUAUGAAAGUACCUGGGUGGCGGACGAUACUGGAGCAAACUGGUUAAAGGAUGAAGGAUUUUUGCCGGACCAGGCUGUGGAUACUAGGAUAAUGUCAUAUGGAUACAACUCCCAAGCACAGUUGAGCAAAUCUGUCGCUGGGAUUGGGGCUUUCGCAGAAGGACUUUUGGCCCAAGUGGCAAGUCGGCGUAGAAGCCGGCAAGAGAAAAGGAGGCCAAUCGUGUUCAUCUGCCACAGCCUUGGUGGGAUUGUUGUCAAGAAAGCUUUCAUCGUCGCAAAUGAGCAAGACCGCUUCAAAGAUUUACUUAGCUGCUUCUAUGGAAUAGCUUUUCUAGGUACACCACACCAAGGUUCUAAAGUGGCAGACUGGGCCAAAAUCAUUGGGACCAUUGCGAAGUAUGCAAGCGCUGCGACAAGCACCAACGACUCGCUACUAAAGAGUCUGAAGAAGGGUUCGCCAGAACUCUUUGAAAUAUCAAAAUCUUUCAUCGAUCGUUCACCAACCUUGUCUAUUCUCAGUUUCUUUGAGCUGGACAAGCUGCCGCGCAUGAACUUUAGAGUCGUACCAGAAGAUUCCGCAAUUCUGCGGCUUCCCAACGAGCAGAGAGUUCCAGUGAAUGCUGACCACUUUAAUAUCUGCAAAUUCGCGAGAGCUGAUGAAAAUCGGUACCGUGAUGUGUGGACUGCUCUGCAAGAUAUGAUCGUGGCUGCUAGAGAAAAGGUUACCAGUGCUGCACAGAAAGUGAACCAAGCAGAUGACGACAGAGACAUGCGAGAUUUGGAAAUGAAAAUGGCGCUUCCUGCGUACCCCAAUACCUUGCUGGUAACAACAAAAGCUUGCACCUUCGAUUCCUUGGAUACAGAAUGUCUCUCCUCUCGACGACUAAAGUCAUCUCGCGAGGAACUCAGUUACAAGAGAGCCAGCCUCGGCUAUGGAUCUACCCAUUUAUUAUUCCGCGAGAUCUCUGGUUAUCGGAAAACCAUUGAGGAGAAGAUUGCGAAUGAGGUCAUUGUCAGUCAGUCUUCUCCAGAAGGGCAAGAACGAAGGGCGGUGAUACACGUCGACCCUACCAUUCCCGCCAGUUGUUGCCAAAAUUCUAACCUCCUGGACAAGUUGCUUAUGCUUAAACAAGCUUUUGACGAUCCUGAUGGUACUGCGGAGCCUGGUAUUUUCGAUGCACGACCAUUGUAUGGCUAUUCUGAAAUAGAGCACGCUAUCGAGAAACUUGAAACGUCAGGAGAGACACAGAGCUCGGCCGAUGGGCAAGGCAACUUCUUGGAACGAAUCGAGCGGUUGACAUACGAAUGGGCACAGAUCUGCGGCUAUUGUGUCUCAAUUAUCCUGGUCGAGGCGGAUUUUGCCACAAAGGCGUCAAGAAAUUCAAGUCCUUUUGCACCGUUCACUCGUCCUUUCAAGCCUAAUGAAUACUUCAGAAUCUGCCGGCAGUCAAACAUGACAUGGAAUCCAAAAGGGGGUGUUAUCGGUAUCGGGGGUUUCGAAUCCGCACCCGAAUUUUGGUAUGGUGGUACCUGGAGUUGA